AUGACUGACGAGCCAGGCGUGCCGGAGCCUGCCAGAUUUUCUGGCCAGGUAGAGGACGGGCAGGCAGUGCCCAGCACGACCGUCCUGACGCCUGUGCCUAUCCCAGAUGACAUCAUGCAAGACCCUGGGCUGAGGGAAGCCAUAGCACUGCUCCCGGCCAACUACAAUUUCGAGAUCCACAAGACGGUGUGGCGGCUGCGCCGCGCCGGGGCCCGUACCGUGGCACUCCAAUUCCCGGAGGGCCUCCUCAUGUACGCCUGCGUGAUUGCCGACAUCCUGCAGGCCCACGCCGGCGUGGCCAGGGCCUACGUCAUGGGUGACGUGACCUUUGGAGCCUGUUGCGUGGAUGACUACUCAGCCGUCGCGCUCGGGGCUGACUUCCUGGUGCACUACGGUCACAGCUGUCUGGUGCCGGUAGACAUCACCUCCAUCCCCUGCAUGUAUGUCUUUGUGGAUAUCCAGAUGGACCUUCAACACCUUGUGGACAGCGUCAGGCUCACCUUUUCGCGGGGGACAAACCUGAUCAUGGCGGGGACCAUCCAGUUUGCGUCGUCCUUGCAGCAGGCCCGCGCCGAGCUCUCCACCGACUUCCCCUCCCUGGCCAUCCCCCAGGCCGCCCCGCUCUCCCCCGGGGAGGUGCUGGGCUGCACCGCACCGCGCUUUCCUCCUGGGACGGAUGCCCUGGUGUUCCUCGCGGACGGCAGGUUCCACCUGGAGGCAGCCAUGAUCGCCAACCCGGGCGUCCCGGCCUACCGCUAUGACCCCUAUGCCCGCAGCCUCACGCGGGAGGGCUACGACCACAAGGGCAUGCAGGCCGCGCGACGGGAAGCCAUCCGGAAGGGUGCGCGCGGCGAGGUUUGGGGCCUCGUCCUGGGCACCCUUGGGCGGCAGGGCAACCCUGCCCUACUGGCCAGCCUGCAGCGCCUGGUCAGGGCCGCGGGCAAGCAGUACAUCGUGGUGCUCCUGUCCGAGGUGUCCCCUGCCAAGCUGGCGGCUCUGUCCCCAGGCGUGGACACUUGGGUCCAGGUGGCCUGCCCCCGCCUGAGCAUCGACUGGGGCGAGGGCUUUGCCCAGCCCACGCUCAACCCCUACGAGGCCUUUGUGGCGCUGGGCGAGGUGCCCGGCUGGUGGGAGGGCGACGGCGAUGGGGAGGGAGGCGCCGCGCCCUACCCCAUGGACUACUACAGCAGCACGGGCGGGGCGUGGGCGGGGACCUACCAUCGCCCCAAGCCCAAGGGGAGCGGGGCAGCGGCCCUGGCGAGGCUGAGGGCAUCCCGGGCCGGCAAGGCCAGCGAAUGA